AUGUCUGAAUUACCAUCACAGAAGAUUGUUUCACCUUUAUCGCAAUCUGGAAAUUAUGGAACAUCACCUCCAGCACUGACAAAUGCAAUCAACGAAAGAGCUGUCGAAAAAACAUUUAGAAUUUCAUAUCAGAUUCCGACAAUUUUUAAAAUUCUUACCAUAAGCAGUGAAAAUUAUACAAAAGACAAAUAA